CAAACAGAGAGAAACUGCAUGCAUCCAUAAAUAUAUAUAUUCUCUCACUCUUGUCAAAUAGUUUCUCACUCUAGAAAAUCGAUCGGAAAUGGCGGCGGGGCUGGUGGCCGGCGGCGACGAGCUGUCCCGGACGAUGAGCAGCAAGCGGAGCUGGCGGUCGCAGAGCAUAAGGGAGGUGUGGCAGGGGCAGCCGGACGUUUUCAUGAGGAGCAGCACGCGGCGGCAGCAGGAGAACGACGAGGAGGAGCUCCGGUGGGCCGCCAUCGAGCGGCUGCCGACGUACGACCGGAUGAGGAAAGGUGUGCUCCAGCAGGUCAUGAGCAACGGCAGGAUGGUCCACGCCGAAGUCGACGUGGCGAACCUCGGCGUGCAGGACAAGAAACUGCUGAUGGAGAGCAUCCUUAAAGUCGUCGAAGACGACAACGACAAGUUCUUACACAGACUCAGAAACCGAACCGACAGGGUUGGAAUUGAGAUUCCAAAGAUUGAAGUGAGAUUCCAGAAUGUAUCUGUAGAAGGAGAUGCUUAUGUUGGAACAAGAGCACUUCCUACACUCAUCAAUUCAACCCUCAAUACAUUAGAGGCUGCUCUAGGCAUGAUUGGGCUCUCUCCAUCAAAGAAAAGAGUGGUUAAGAUACUUCAAGAUAUUAGUGGAAUUGUUAGACCAUCAAGGAUGACGCUGCUUCUCGGGCCACCGGGUUCGGGAAAAACGACUCUGUUGAAAGCACUCGCAGGAAAACCAGAUGAUGAUAUGAGGGUGAGUGGCAAAAUCACUUACUGCGGGCAUGAAUUCCACGAAUUCGUUCCUCAAAGAACGUGCGCUUACAUCAGUCAACACGAUCUUCACUACGGUGAAAUGACAGUUCGAGAGACGUUAGAUUUCUCCGGUAGAUGCUUGGGAGUUGGAACGAGGUAUGAAAUGCUCGUGGAAUUAUCGAGGAGAGAGAAAGAAGCCGGUAUUAAACCCGAUCCCGAAAUUGAUGCAUUCAUGAAAGCCACCGCCUUGAUUGGCCAAGAAACGAGCUUGAUCACCGACUAUGUCCUCAAGAUACUAGGUUUGGACAUUUGUGCCGAUAUUAUGGUCGGAGACGACAUGCGGAGGGGUAUUUCCGGUGGACAGAAAAAGCGUGUCACCACCGGUACGUUAAUAUAUAUUCUAGAGAAAUGUGUUCAAAUGUCUGAGAUGAAUGCAACUGCAACUGCAAGUGAGCCCAAAAGAGGGAUGGUUUUGCCCUUUCAACCCCUCUCUCUAGCCUUCAACCAUGUCAAUUACUACGUCGAUAUGCCAGCUGAAAUGAAGACGCAAGGGGUGAACGACGAGAGGCUCCAGCUUCUCCGGGACGCCAGCGGAGCAUUCCGUCCAGGUGUUCUAACAGCGUUGGUCGGCGUGAGUGGCGCCGGAAAGACAACCUUAAUGGACGUUCUCGCCGGCCGGAAAACCGGCGGCUACACAGAAGGAACAAUCACCGUUUCGGGAUAUCCCAAAAACCAAGCAACCUUCGCACGUGUCAGCGGAUACUGCGAGCAGAACGAUAUCCAUUCGCCUUACGUCACUAUCUACGAAUCUCUCCUCUACUCUGCUUGGCUCCGUCUCGCCGCUGACGUCAAUACUGAAACCAGAAAGAUGUUUGUUGAGGAGGUGAUGGAGUUGGUGGAGCUUAACCCGAUAAGGAACGCGCUCGUAGGGCUUCCGGGUGUCGACGGGCUUUCGACGGAGCAGAGGAAACGGCUCACGAUAGCGGUUGAGUUAGUUUCGAACCCUUCGAUAAUAUUUAUGGACGAGCCCACUUCGGGCCUCGAUGCAAGAGCCGCUGCUAUCGUUAUGAGAACCGUUAGAAACACGGUCGACACCGGUCGUACGGUCGUGUGUACCAUUCAUCAACCUAGUAUCGAUAUUUUCGAAGCUUUCGAUGAGCCUGUUCCAGGGGUAGCCAAGAUUAAAGAAGGAUAUAAUCCAGCUACUUGGAUGUUGGAUGUCACCUCCUCCGCUGCUGAAGGUCAACUCGAUGUUGACUUUGCCGAAGUUUAUGCCAAUUCUGCCCUUUAUCGGAGGAAUCAAGAACUGAUAAAAGAACUGAGCAAUCCGCCACCUGGAUCAUCGGAUUUAUAUUUUCCGACACAAUAUUCGCAAUCUUUUUUAACUCAGUGCAAAGCUUGCUUUUGGAAGCAGCAUUGGUCAUACUGGAGAAACUCGCAGUACAAUGCUAUUCGUUUCUUCACGACGGUCGUUAUUGGCGUUAUGUUUGGCGUUAUCUUUUGGCAAAAGGGAGAUCAAAUACACAGGCAACAAGACUUGCUUAAUCUAUUGGGAGCAACGUAUUCUGCUGUUCUUUUCUUGGGAGCAUCAAAUGCUUCGGCAGUUCAAUCAGUUGUCGCAGUCGAAAGAACCGUUUUUUACCGUGAAAGGGCCGCUGGAAUGUACUCGGAGUUGCCUUACGCAUUUGCACAGGUGGCGAUCGAGACAAUCUAUGUCGCGAUUCAGACAUUAGUGUACUCGUUACUUCUCUACUCGAUGAUUGGAUAUCAGUGGACUGGAGAAAAAUUCUUCUAUUUCUACUACUUUAUAUUUAUGUGCUUCACUUAUUUCUCGAUGUACGGUAUGAUGGUCGUUGCUUUAACUCCCGGAUAUCAAAUUGCCGCCAUUGUUAUGUCCUUUUUUCUCAGCUUCUGGAACUUGUUCUCCGGUUUUCUCAUCCCACGUCCCCUAAUACCGAUAUGGUGGAGAUGGUACUACUGGGCUUCGCCGGUUGCAUGGACAAUAUACGGGAUUUUCACGUCGCAAAUAGGAGACCAAACAGGAGAUCUUGAGCUAACGGGAAAUAUCGCAACGAUGAAAGUGAAUCAGUUUCUUAAAGAGGAAUUAGGGUACGAUCAUGAUUUUCUUAUCCCGGUGGUGUUUGCGCAUGUCGGAUGGGUGUUGCUCUUCUUCCUCGUUUUCGCGUACGGGAUUAAGUUCCUCAACUUUCAAAGAAGAUGAUUGUGAGAAAUUAAUUUUGAGGUUUUCGUUUGGGAAAUGUUGU